AUGAACAAAUUUGCCAUCUCCCCUGACCUCUUCACCUUCCCGCCUCUUCUCAAGUCCCUGGCGCAAUUAAGUCUCCCGUGCCUCGGAAUUCCCAUCCAUGCAUGCAUCGUUAAGUUGGGCUUCGGCUCCGACGUCUAUACAAACACCGCUCUAGUUAACGUGUACUGCACUUUUACUCGAGUGGAUGGAGCGAGGAAGCUAUUUGACGAAAUGCCCAACAGAAACUCUGUUUCUUGGAAUGCAAUGAUAACCGGCUAUGUUCAUAAUAGGAGAUUCAGAGAAGCCCAUGAGUUGUUCUCUGAAAUGCUGGCUUCGGGCGUCGAACUAAGUGAAGUCACUAUGGUCUGUGCCCUCUCGGCUUGCGCCCAUUUGGGAGCUUUGAAUCAAGGGUUGUGGAUUCAUAAUUAUAUAAGAAAUCAUGGAUUGAGGCUUAAUGUGUUUGUUGGCACUGCUCUGAUCGACAUGUACAUGAAGUGUGGGGUGGUGGAUGAGGCUUUGAAGGUUUUCAGGGCGAUGAGAGUGAAGAAUGUCUUCUCGUGGAAUUCCUUGAUGUCGGGGUUUGCAAUGAAUGGGAGAGGUGAAGUUGCCAUGGAGGCUUUCGAUAUGAUGGUUAAAGAGAAUAUCAAGCCUGAUGGUGUGACCUUUUUAGCUCUUUUAGGUGCUUGUUGUCACCAGGGAUGUGUCGGAGAAGGGAGAAAGCUUUUUGCCGAUAUGGAAAGGGAGUUUGGGGUGCGACCAAGGAUGGAACAUUAUGGUUGUAUGGUGGAUCUCCUCAGCCGAGCAGGCUUCCUGGAAGAAGCUUAUGAGCUGGUUAAGACCAUGCCAAUUGAGGCUGAUGCUGUUAUUUGGAGGGCGUUGCUAGGCGGUUGCAGGAUCCAUGGGAACACCCAGCUGGGUGAGCUUGCAAUAGAAAAACUUCUUGAAUUGGAGCCUGGCAGUGGGGAGAAUUAUGUUUUGCUAUCUAAUGUAUUAGCCCGAGAUCGGAGGUGGAGUGAGGUUGGGAAAGUGAGGGAGGUGAUGAGCCAAAGGGGAAUUCGAAAGGCCCCUGGCUGUAGUUCAAUUGAAAUUGAUAAUGUGGUCUACGAGUUUGUUGUCACAACUCAGUUUGAGAAGGAUGGAUUGAAUGAGAUUUAUACAAUGCUGGAAAAUAUGAAGAGGGAAUUGAGGACAGCUGGUUAUGCUGCAGACACUGAGAUGGUUUCUUAUGAUUUGGAGGAAGAGGAGAAAGAGAGCUCUCUGAUGCAUCAUAGUGAGAAGUUGGCACUUGCCUUUGGGCUCCUCAAGACACAGCAAGGAUCAAGUAUAAGGAUAGUGAAGAACUUGAGAGUAUGCAAGGACUGUCAUUCAUUUUUUAAGUUUGCUUCGAAGAUCUAUCGGAGGGAAAUUGUUGUAAGAGAUCGGAAUCGUUUUCAUCAUUUUAGUGCAGGUCUGUGUUCUUGUAGGGAUUAUUGGUGA